CCGAGAAAGGUAUGCCGUUCAUUCUCUGGUGAAGUCUGAAAAGACAUUGCUUCACCUUCUUUGCCUUCACGGGCGGGACGGCGGCUGCAGCGCUCUCUCUCWCUCUCUCUCUCUCUCUCUCUCUCUCUCUCUCUCUCUCUCUCUCUCUCUCUCUCGCUGGCGAGGGCUCACUAAGCGGAGAUCGCCAGAGACCGACCGCUCAUAGUUUGCUCGGCAAGCUUAGGGAAGAUACGUGGCUAUGGCUCCUCAAGAAUUGCUGGCAACUGGCGGAGAGCACGUGGGUGCAGCUGCCCAAGCCAACCAAACCAAGGAUGUGGUGGGUAUGGUUCCUGAAGACUUGCUGGCCACUGGCAAAGGCCGCGUGGAUGCUGCAUCAAACAAGGGCCUAGAUGCCGUCUCGACGUCGUAUUCGAGGCUUCCGUUGAUAGAUAUAUCGCCUCUGAUGGCCAAAGGGGAAGCACUUUCUGAGGAGGAUUUGAAAGAUCCCGACGUUGCUGCGGUGGUUCGUCAGAUUGAUAAAACUUGCCGAGAGAUCGGGUUCUUUUACCUG